AUGAAUGAUGUAGGUGAUGGCGGUGAAGGAAAUAAUUCAUCUGUUAGAGGAUUGAUACUUACUGAAGUUAAUGUAGAAAAAGAAGUCAAUUAUAGUAAACUUGUUGAUACGAAUUCUUUAACAAUGACUCAGUUUCAUCAACUUCCAGGGGUGAAUGAGGAAACGAUUAAGUUGUUGGAUGAAACUGAGUUACAGGUGUAUAGAAGGAAAAAGCUAAUGUCAGGAAUCAGUGGGGAUAAUGUGGUUGGAAGAAAUAUAGGAGAAUCUGUUGAUAAUGCUGCAAAAGAUGAUGAUAAUGAAAAAAAGGGAAAAACAUAUCCCCAAAAAGGCAAAAAUAUUUCAUUCGCCCUAUAUUGA